CAUAACAACAAACGUUCGGAUCUUUAAUCUAUUGGGGUUCGCUAAGCUGCUAAUAAAACUGCAUCCUAGCCGAUCUUAAUCUAGCUUUUAGGUGAUUUUUAAAUUCUUUCAUGACAAGCAAGUGCGAUAAUAUUCCUCGACUUCUCGAGGUAAUUGUCAAAGACGAGUACAUCAUCAGAAAUUCAAAACCUGAGGACUGCGAGGCAAUUCUGAAGUACAUCAAGGAUUUAGCCGUGUUUGAAAAUGAGCCUGAAUCUGUGGUUGAAAUCACCAAUGAAGUUUUCAGACAAGAUGGCUUUGGAGAGUCUCCUUCAUUUAGAUGUCUGGUCGCUGCAGACAAAAAUGAUAGCGACAUCAUUUUAGGAUAUGCGGUAUACGUCAAUUCCUACUCUACAUGGAAAGGACGAGCACUUUGGAUUGAAGAUAUUUUCGUCAGAGCUGACUGCCGAGGUAGAGGAAUAGGAAAGGAGUUUAUAAAAUGUUUUGCCAAGAUGUCGCUUGACAGUGGCCUCUCCAAAAUCCGUUGUAACGUGUUGAGCUGGAACAACAUGGCCAAGUCGGUGUAUCAAAAGCUCGGGGGAAUUGUGGAAGAAGACUGGAGACAGUGCACUUUCACUAAUGAAACUUUGAAGAAACUAUCAAACUCUUGAAAAAUUGCUAAUUUUUUGUAACGUUGGUUUCUGUCACGUGAUCACGACUUUUGUUUUAAGUAUUUUCAUCCAUUCCCCAGAGAUCAAUAUAGCAUUGGACAGUUAUUGAAAGAGAAGAUUUCAAUCAUUCCUUUCAAAUGGUAUUCGAACAUCGCUGCUUGAUGCGAAGUGAAAGCGCUUUACAGCAUGGGCGUAGGAAUAUUGAUAAUUGGGGAGGGAGGAGUCAUAUUUCAUAUAUGCAUGUUGUAAUCCAUUGAAAACGAUAGAUUUUAAAAAACUUAACAUUGCAUAUCAUGAAAAAUUAAGGCCUAAGGCAUAAUCAUCGAUCUUCCUACACCCAUGUUCUACCGGAUGUAUCAUAAAAAAGAACUUCAAAGAAAUUGACGUAAUAUGAAAUUUCAAUACCUGAUCACAUCACUAUGCCAAUCCCUUUGGUGCAUUACUGGGCAUGUUUCGCUCGUAGAAGUAACAUCAAGUUUUGAGUAGUAGAAAAGGUUUUGUUCUAGUUAUAAAGAUAAGUAAUAUAUGAAUGUUGCUGACAAUACGUUAGGGGCACUUGGACUCAGCACAUUCAUAGGUAUUGGGAUUGUUACAAUACGCCAUUUUCAAUAGUUCUGUUUUUGAUACAACCUGCCUAAAAGUCACAUGUAAAUGAUCAAGCAAAGUUCAAACGGAGUUGAAAAGAUAGCUUUACUCUUGGUUAAGUUAUUUACGAUAUAAAUAGAUACUGGUGUUUGAACGAUAGUCCGCUGGCCCUCACAAAAAAAAGCAUGAACACUGAAAUGUCGACUAAUAUGUUAUUGGCCGUUUUUAUGCUUAGAUUGAUGUACCAAUUGAGUGAUGUCCAAUUGAGUGAUGUACCCAAGUGUUCAAAUAAGUGUUGUUCUUAAUCAUUGCCUUUUUUGGAAUUUUUAAUUGUAUUGUUUGUUACGUAAUUUUUAAUAACGCAGUGACGUCAUUUGGCAGCAGAA